AUGAGUGACAAAGAACAGCCUAUGGUUUCGCAUGGUCGUGGAGGCCAAGGAAACAUCGGCCACGACCAAACGGAAUACGUUGACGGCGAGAUCGUUCGCGAGGGCGUCUACGGUGACCAGGGCGACGGUGCUUACUCUGCCGGUCGCGGCGGCGUCGGCAACAUCGGUUCUCCUCGCGUCCGUCCAACCUCCAAGGUGCCGCACGACUCGGAGAUGAUCCCCGAGCUCGCGGUGCGCAACUCCAGCGACGAGAACUUCCACAUCGGGCGCGGCGGCCAAGGCAACGUUCAUCUCGACGAAGCAACGAAGGAGAAGAAGAAGACGAUGGCGCACGAGGGACUCGCUGACAAGCUGAAGAACAAGCUGCUGGGACGGAAGUAG